ACACUAAAAAUUUACCAAUUUGCCAAUCAGCUGAGGCAAUUGACUGCAGCAAAUAGAUUGGCUUUCUUGUGGUAAAUAUUUUUUCGCGGUUCAUACGUUUAUGUUAUAUUAGCGAGUUAAACAAUCAUUUCUAGAAAAGUGCAUUUAAAUAAAAUAUGACACUCAUUGAUAAGCCGUUAAUUACAGUGGAUAUCGAUUUUUCGCCAAUUUUGCUGAACUGUAGUAAUUAAAUGCGAUACCACAAGGAAAUUAUAAAAAAUCGAGACUGUCUCUUAUGUAUUGUAUAUGAUCUUGUUUGGAAUUCUUUUCUUUCGUAUAAGCCCUAAUUACAUUUCAAAAAGUUCAGUUUUCCAACACUAAAAAUUCACUAGUUUGCCAAUCAGCUGAGGCAAUUUACUACAGCAAAUGGAUUGGCUUUCUUGUAAUAAAUAUUUUUUCGCGGUUCAUACGUUUAUAUUAUAUUAGCGAGUUAAACAAUCAUUUCCAGAAAAGUGCAUUUAAAUAAAAUAUGACACUCAUUGAUAAGCCGUUAAUUACAGUGGAUAUCGAUUUUCCCGAGGAAGAUGUGCCCUAUGAGGAGGAGAUUUUGCGUAAUGCAUAUUCCGUGAAACAUUGGCUACGCUAUAUCGAACAUAAAUCCAAGGCUCCCAAUUGUGGCGUCAAUAUUGUCUAUGAACGUGCACUGAAAGAGCUGCCCGGCAGUUAUAAAAUUUGGUACAACUAUUUACGUACACGUCGCAAGCAAGUGCGUGGACGUCCGCUCAAUGAUCCCAUGUAUGACGAAGUUAAUAAUACAUUUGAAAGAGCAUUAGUAUUUAUGCAUAAAAUGCCACGUAUAUGGAUGGAUUACGGUGUAUUUAUGACGGGACAGUGCCGUAUCACACGUACUAGGCAUUUGUUCGAUCGUGCUUUACGCGCUUUGCCCAUAACACAACAUCAUCGUAUUUGGCCGCUUUAUUUGAAAUUCGUACGACGCUUUGAUAUACCCGAAACAGCUGUACGUAUCUACAGACGUUAUCUGAAAUUGUGUCCAGAAGAUGCUGAGGUGUACAUAGAGUAUUUAACGGAAGUAGAACGCUUGGAUGAAGCAGCACAACAGUUGGCAUCAGUGGUUGACAAUGAGAAUUUCGUAUCGAAGCAUGGCAAAUCGAAUCAUCAGUUAUGGAAUGAGUUGUGUGAUUUAAUUUCGAAGAACCCAGACAAAGUUCACUCAUUGAAUGUGGAUGCAAUAAUACGUAGUGGUUUGAGGCGGUACACUGAUCAGUUGGGUCAUUUAUGGAACUCUUUAGCAGAUUACUAUGUGCGUUCAGGUUUAUUCGAUCGCGCACGGGAUAUUUACGAAGAAGCCAUACAGACCGUAACAACAGUGCGUGAUUUUACGCAAGUUUUCGACGAGUACGCACAGUUUGAGGAGGUAUCAUUGAAUAAACGCAUGGAAAUGGUCGCAAACGAUCCGCAUGCUACCGAAGAAGAUGACAUUGAUGUGGAAUUACGUUUGGCACGCUUCGAAUAUCUCAUGGAGCGACGUCUAUUACUGCUAAAUAGUGUGCUAUUGCGACAGAAUCCACAUAACGUGCAUGAAUGGCAUAAGCGUGUUAAGCUGUAUGAAGGCAAGCCACACGAAAUAAUUAAUACAUACACAGAAGCAGUGCAGACGGUACAACCAAAGCUUGCGGCCGGCAAACUACAUACAUUGUGGGUGGAAUUUGCAAAGUUUUACGAGUCCAAUAGCCAGGUAGAGGAUGCGCGUGUGGUAUUUGAACGCGGCACCGAGGUUGAGUAUGUGAAAGUAGAAGAUUUAGCAGCAGUUUGGUGUGAGUGGGCCGAAAUGGAGAUAAGGCAGGAGAAUUUCGAAGGCGCUUUACGUUUGAUGCAGAAAGCCACUGCAAUGCCCAAGCGAAAAGUGGCUUAUCAUGACGACACUGAAACCGUGCAAAUGCGUCUUUAUCGUUCACUUAAAGUUUGGUCCAUGUACGCCGACUUGGAGGAAUCCUUCGGCACCUUCAAAACCUGCAAAGCUGUUUAUGAUCGUAUAAUUGAUUUGAAAAUUUGUACACCACAAAUAAUCAUUAACUAUGGCCUCUUUCUGGAGGAGCACAACUAUUUUGAGGAAGCAUUUCGUGCAUAUGAGAAAGGCAUUGCGCUAUUUAAAUGGCCAAAUGUAUUUGAUAUUUGGAAUGCGUAUUUGACAAAGUUUCUUAAACGUUAUGGUGGCACGAAAUUGGAACGUGCUCGCGAUCUAUUCGAACAAUGUUUGGAAAAUUGUCCACCAGAACAUGCUAAAUACUUUUAUUUACUCUACGCAAAAUUGGAAGAGGAACACGGUUUGGCACGCCAUGCUAUGGCCGUUUAUGAUCGGGCAACAAGCGCUGUUAAGCCCGAAGAGAUGUUUGAUAUGUAUAAUAUAUUCAUAAAGAAAGCGGCAGAGAUUUAUGGUUUACCGCGUACUCGUGAAAUCUACGAGAAGGCUAUUGAAGCUUUGCCCGAGGAGAAUAUGCGACCGAUGUGUGUGCGUUUUGCGGAAAUGGAAACGAAAUUGGGCGAAAUCGAUCGCGCGCGUGCAAUUUACGCACAUUGUUCGCAGGUUUGUGAUCCACGCAUAACCGCUGAAUUUUGGCAAACCUGGAAAGAGUUCGAAGUACGUCAUGGCAAUGAGGAUACGAUGCGUGAAAUGUUGCGCAUCAAACGCUCGGUGCAAGCUACCUACAAUACCCAGGUGAAUAUGAUGGCUGCACAAUUUCUCAAUCAAUCGGGCACAAAUGGCGCCGGCGCCGAAGCUGGUGGCGAUGCAAUGCGUCUGCUGGAGGCCAAAGCGGCAGCCGAGCAACAGGCACGUCAACAACAAACGCUUAAGCCACAAACUAGCGGUAAUAUUAUGUUUGUGCGUGGCGAAACGCAAGGUGGCAAAGCCAAGGAUAAAGUGGUUAAUCCCGAUGAAAUUGACAUUGGAGAGAGUGAUGAGGAAGAUGAUGAUGAUGAGGACGACGGCGAUGAUGACGAGGGUGCUGCUGGUAAUGGUGGUGCUGACGCGACAAAGCGUGGCGGAAAUGAAGAGAAUGUAAUUGCAGCCAAAAGAUUACGCAUUGAGCAACAAGCCAUACCGGCGAAGGUGUUUGGCGGUUUAAAGAAGCCCACAAACGAUGAUGAGCAGGAAGCAGAUUGAGAGGUGUGCUGAGAUAUCUUUGAUUGUAGUAAAUAAAGUGGAAUAUUUUUUUUGAACAAAUAUAAAAAUCGGCUGACCUUUAAUGACUAUUUCUA